CCCGUUGUAGCUUGUAAUUAACUCGAAUAAACUUUUUGUGAUGCCUUCCCAAAUCGUCAAAAGAUUGUCGCAGUCGACGACCGAACAUGCCGUACGCUUUUUCCUCCCAACUUUUUGGCUUCGGCACGCCUCUGCCAGUCCCUCGACUCUAUCAAACCCAGGGCCCAACGUGGUCUUUUUUCUCCACGCACCACAUGUCAACAGAAACUCUCGAGAUUUCCAUGUUCUUCAUAUUAAGGGACCUAGUCUCCCGUUCCCGUCAACCUUAGUUUGUCGUUGUCUCCAUCGGGUUGUUCUGGCAGCACACCGGCCGUCGUUAAUUUGACAUUUUGGUCCAAUUUCGCAAUAAUCGUGUCCGCUCACUAUUACACGAGUAUCUCUCUCUCUAUCUCUCUUUCUCUCUCUCUGUCUUUGUCUCUCCUCAUUCUCUCUCUGUUGUUUCCGCUACCUGUUUCCCC